GAUCCUGUUGAAAGAUUGAAUUUAUUGUUCUUGUGUUUUGGAAAUAAUGAUGUAUUAGCAGCCAUACAAUAAACUGUGCCGUACAAAUAGAACUACAUGCAAUACAAAUAAACAUAUUUAUUUGGACAUACAUUAUAAACAUUGUACACAAAAGUUCAAUGUUCUCUAUAAAGCAAAUAUAAAACAGUAUGUAUUAUUAUAAGCACUGUACAAAUAAAUGUAAUUGGUACUGAAUUAAUGUCUACACUGUUUUCUAAAUCACCUUUUCCCCUUAAGGGAAGACAUGCACAUUCUGCAAAGACUCUCAAAAGAAAGUGAAUUGCGGGCAGGAAAAAUGCAGGAAAGAGGAAAAUCAUAAUACAAUUAAUUUCAAACAUGAUAAAACAUCUCACUACUGUACAUUUCUAAUCUAAUAAUUAUGGUCUUACACUGUAAAAUUAUUCAUUUAGCAUCACAGACAGGAGAAACACUGUUCCAUUUUAUACUCAGUAAUAAUGCCAUUUCAAAACAUGUGAAGUAUUCACAAAAAAAAAUAAAAAUAAAAAAAAUAAAAUAAAGGCGUUAAAGAGAAAUGAACAAACUCUUAAAAUGUCUAAUGACCUUUCAGUACAUGUACACACACCUGUUAGCACAAUAAUGCUAUCAUUUAUGUAAUUCAUUGCACUCCAUUUCUGGAUGUCUAUCGUAGCCGGACCAUAAUGGUGAAUAAUAUCAGUAAUCCUCGCUGUUGACUUCUUGCCAAUAAAGUGAAAAGAGCACACAAACAAAUUAUUCCAAAGCUUUUUCAAAAAGAUGUUCCAAACAUUUCAUACAAUUUUUCAAAAUUUGCCUAAUUUGUAUGAUUGUAGUGAGGACGCCGAGGCAGGUGUGUUAAGAUCCAUGUGUAGUUUUAGUGCAGUAUAAAUAGUAAAACAAAGUAGCAAAAUAAAGGGAAAACAAAAAGGCAGGCAAGGGUUCGGUACACAGUGGCAGAGGGGCGCGUCAUUGUUUACAAAAGAAACUUGUGCCGUUCAUAAACCAAAACAGUCCAAAACAAUAUAAAUAAAAUAAAAAAUAAUUUCCAAAUAAUAGUAAUUUUAAAAAAAAAUUUAAAACAAUGACGCGCUUCCUGAUUCCUCCUCCACGUGACGCGUGACCUUACCAACGAGCUUACGUCAUCCCUCUCGUGAGCGCGCGUCACAGAGAUGUACGGAAGCGAACAUUUGUAGUUAAAAAGUAUAUAAGUAUUGUUUUGUUUCUAAAAAUAAUCAAUCGUUUGGGUUCAGAAGAACUUUAUUUGUCGACUGGAGUCGUGUGGAUUAUUUUGAUGCACCCUAAAUAUGCAUUUUGGACCGUCAAAAAAUGGAGGACAUUCACUUGCAUUGUUUAGAGGAGGAGGCCAGAAAUGAAAUCCUAAAAAUCUUUAAUUCUGUUUUGAUGAAGAAAGAAACUCAGAUACAUCUUGGAUGACCUGAGGGUAAAUUAUCAGCAAAUUGUCAUUUUUGGGUGAACUAUUCCUUUGAGUGAUUAUUUGAAAGAGCUACCACUUUUUUUCAUGGCAUACCACAGUAAAUAAUAAAAUAAUAAUAAUAAAAACAUAACAAUGAAGAGGGCUCAAUUCCUGUACUUUGCCUAGGGUCCCCAAAUCACUAAAUCCCCCCUGCCUACAGCAUGAUGAUCUCCGGAAGAGUUACACGCUGUUCAAUGCUCCGUAGGCAGUGGCUGUUUAAAUGACUCAGAAAUGACAUUGUUGACACCAAAACUAACAGACAUGGAAGGGGAUUUUGCUAAUAGACAAAAUGCUCAGUAUCCAAAAAAUUACCUUAAAUGAAUGCACUCAAAGUAAUUAGUUGCUGUAAUCUAAUUACUUUUUUAAGUCAAAUUGUAGCAUUAUAAAUCCUGUAAUCAGUUAAAGUUACUAACUUUCAAUUAAGGUUGUAACUUUUAAGUACUGCACAUUACUUUGGCUACACAUUUCUAAAUUAUAAUAUUAUAAUUCUAAAUUGCAAUAUUUAUGUAUAAUACAUUUAAAAUAUAAAUGAAGAUGUUCAUGAACAUCUGUUUGCGCUUUUGUGACAGCUGAAGAGUGAGCGACAAUGAACAAGGAGGAAAUUAUUUUUAAUGGGUUGAGUGGAAAAAUAAAAACAUUCCUGUGAAAAAUGUUCUAGAAAGUAACUUAAAAGUAAAAUAAUUAGUAAUGUGAAUACUUUUUGUUGACAUAAUCAGUAAAGUAAUCUGAUUCCAUUUUUGGAAGUAAUAAGACAUUUAUGGUGGAUUACAUUUUUGAGUAACUUAACCAGUGACAAUCUAUCCCCCAUUUAAAACAAUUAACCCAAAAAUGGCCAUUGAAAAAAGUAUUCCACCCAAGUGUUUUUGUUUGUGGAAGAAGGGAAGUAGCCUAACUUGUAAUAUUCUAUAUUUACCUUUAUUAUUUUCGUAUUGUCUUAUUUUUGCUUAUACUUUUUUCUCUUCUUUCAUCAUAUUUCUAUCCUUAAUCAUAUUGUCUAAGCUACUGCUUUUCCUUUUGUCAACACAACGUUGACACACACACACAGAGAGAGAGAGAGAGAGAGAGAGAGAGAGAGAGAGAGAGAGAGAAUAUGCGGUUAACAAGCUCCCCACCUGACUUUCACGCGUUUCACGAGCACCGCGCGUGACCGUGAGGGGACUCCAGUCCACGAGAAUCUGUUUCAUGAAUGUUCAGUUACGCGCGAGGUGUGUCCAUAAGAGACUCACCACUGCGUCCAUCAGGUGCAUUAGAACAGGGACAGGCAGAAACGCGCUACCAAUACUAAAGAGGCAACGCAAUGAAAGGAUACAGCUGAGCGCGCAGCUGUAGGGGCAAUGGUGGUUAUUAAUCACUCUCUUUGAACGUGAAGAAUAAAAAAAGAGGACAGAGAGAAAAAGAGAAAGAACUUGGACUGCAGGAGAGAAUCCUGUAACAUCGCAUGGGGCCAUGAGCGUCGCAGACUCUGCAGCGAACAAACUGUUGAGUUUCAACCAACGCUCAGCUUCAGAGGAUCUGGGGUGCAGGAGAGGAGAGUUCAGCCGGAAACACUAUGGAUCAGUUGAACUGCUCAUCUCCAGUGAUGCAGACGGAGCCAUACAGAGAGCUGGGAGAUUCAGGGUGGAGAACGGUUCACUAGAUGAGACAUCUGACUACACGCCCGGAACAUGGAGGAGAACUGACGUCCAUUUGGAGAACCCAGAGUACCACACCAGAUGGUUCUUCAAAUACUUCCUGGGAAAAGUCCAUCAGAACUAUGUGGGAACAGAUGCAGAGAAGAACCCAUUCUUCCUGUCUGUGGUCCUGUCAGAUCAGAACAACCAGAGGAUCCCACAGUAUCGAGCCAUCCUCUGGCGCAAGACGGGUACUCUAAAAAUCAGCCUUCCAUACAGUCCGACAAAAUCACUAUCAGUCAAAUCUAUAUUAAGUGCCAUGAAUGUGGAUCGUUUUGAGAAGGGCCCCAGGGAGAUCCUUAACCCAGAGAUUCAGAAGGACUUACUGGUGUUGGAGGAGCAAGAGGGCAGUGUAAACUUUAAAUUUGGUGUUCUUUAUGCCAAAGAUGGACAGUUGACAGAUGAUGAAAUGUUCAGCAAUGAAACAGGAAGUGAGACCUUUGACAAAUUUUUGAAUCUCCUUGGUGACACGAUCUGUCUGCAGGGCUGGGCCGGCUAUAGAGGAGGACUGGACACUAAAAAUGGCACUACAGGAAUGAAUUCCAUCUACACAGUCUAUCAGGGUCAUGAGCUCAUGUUCCAUGUUUCCACCAUGUUACCUUAUUCUAAAGAGAACAAGCAACAGGUAGAGAGGAAGAGACACAUUGGGAACGACAUUGUGACCAUUGUGUUUCAGGAGGGAGAUGACGCCUCUCCGUCCUUCAAACCCUCAAUGAUUCGCUCCCAUUUUACACAUAUUUUUGCCUUAGUUCGAUAUUAUAGCCAGAAUGAUAGUUACAGGUUGAAGAUUUUCUCAGAGGAGAGUGUGCCACUGUUUGGCCCACCCCUCCCUUCCCCUCCAGUAUUCACAGACCAUCAGGAGUUCAGGGACUUUUUACUAGUUAAAUUAAUAAAUGGAGAAAAAGCCACUCUUGAAACCCCCACUUUUGCUCAGAAACGUCAGCGUACACUGGACAUGCUGAUCAGAUCCCUGUACCAGGAUCUCAUGCCAGAUAUGUACAAGGUUCCCUUCUCUCCACAGAACAUGCUGAACCGACGCUCCUUUAGCGAUGUACUGCCAGAGUCACCCAAAUCUGCCCGUAAAAAAGAAGAAGCACGUCAGGCAGAGUUUGUCCGGGUUGGACAGGCCUUGAAACUGAAAACCAUAGUUAGAGGGGAUGCACCCACCAGUCUAGUCACCACUGGCCUUUGCAGGAAAGAGCCAUGGGAGUCACAGUCUUUCUGCAGCAGCUUCCCUUAUGAUAUAGUCUGUGGAGACUCGUGGGGACAGUCGUUACUGGUUGCCACGGAUUCAGCAGGGGUCAUGCUCCUGGAAGCCUCAGAUCCACUGUUCUCCAAUGCAGAUUCCCCAACCUUGCCUCCGGUGCAAGUAUUUGACAAAACCCUGACCAUCAAACAAAUGCAUGUACUGGAACCUCAGGAUCUCCUCAUUGCAAGAGCAGAUAAGGGGAAAGACGCACGUCUGUAUGUUUACAGACUGAGCACGCUCAAACGAGGGAUAGAGGAGCGGCAGCUUGUCCGCACCAAGUGUGACAGUCGAGAGAACAAGCUUGAGAAAACCAAAGGCUGCUAUCUUUACUCCAUAAACACACAUCAUGGGGUGGAGCUUAGAAUUGUUGCAGCGAUAAGAAACAAGCUCCUUCUCAUCACCAGGAAACAGUCACGCCUCGAAUGCCUCAGCUCUAUCGCUACGGUGACAGGAACUUGUGACUCACCUGUGGAGGAGUUUCAAUACAUACGGGAGAUUUGCUUGUGUGACUCCCCGGUGGUCAUGGCAUUGGUUGAUGGCCCAACAGGAGAGAAUGAUCACAUGAUAUGUGUGGCCUACAAACAUCAGUUUGACUUGAUCAAUGAGAGCACAGGAGACGCCUAUAGACUACACCAUGUAGAUGCCAACCGGGUGAAUUUUGUCGCUGCCAUAGAUGUGUAUGAAGAUGGAGAGGCUGGACUUUUACUUUGCUACAACAAUAUUUGUGUCUAUAAGAAGGUGUGUCCAUUUAAUGGAGCCACACCCAUGAUUCAGCCCAACUCCUCAGAAUUCCAUUUCAGCUGGAACCAAAUGCCCAAUGCUAUUGUUUGUGCGUUCCCCUAUAUCUUGGCCUUCACCACUGAUUCCAUAGAGAUCCGGCUAGUUGUUAAUGGCAACUUAGUAUAUACAGCUGUUGUUCCAGAACUACAACUGACUUCAUCCAGAUCUGAUAUCUAUUUCAUCUCAUCUGCACCUAUAAACUCUGCGUCUAACUGUAGCUCCAGAGACUCUAGCUCCCAGAGUUCCCCUCAGACUCCCACCAGCUAUGAAAUGCCUGUCUUCCCUUCACCACUUGGAGAUGAUUGUAUUCGGAUCCCCUACGGCACCAAGCUAUCCCUCUACAUGUCUAAAGACUCUGAAGGUGAAACUCCCUCAAAACACAUCUAUAAGAUCCCAUUGAGUAACCUCGUUGGACGGAGCAUCGAGAGACCGCUCAAGUCUCCAUUGGUCAAUAAAGUACUCACAGCACCUGCCCCCAGUGUCAUAGCGCCUGCUCCCAUGAUCACAAGUGCACCUUCUCUCUCACUGUCUCGCAUGGAGAUCAAAGAGAUCGCCAGCCGCACACGCAAAGAACUGCUGGGUUUGACUGAGGAACCCAGCUGUAAGGCAGACAGUAAUUCAGUGAAACAGAGAAGAUUGAGCAAGAAAACCAAGGAGGACGAGCAGAAACGAACAACGGGGAGCGCUACUACUGAACAAGUGGGCAUGGAGUCUGUAGAUGGAGAAACUGACGUCCACCUGCUUUGCUCAUCUGGCUCUGAGGUGGAGCCGCGAGAUGAGAGCCCACCCAUGGCCAGCCCUUUUACCUUCUCCACUUCUUUUGAGGAGGAUGUUUUGGACCUAAAGUGAUGACAAACACUGUUCUUGAAUCACAGUGCACCUCUCACCUUAUCACACAUCCUCCUAGCUUUUACUUUUUUGAAUCAUCUUUUUAUCACGCUAUGUUGAAUUUGUGUGUCUUUCCUCAGUCUGCCUACUCACCUGAAGUGUAUGCAGUGUGUAAAUGAAUCCCAGAGCUUUACACCUGAAGGAGUUUACAGUGUGGUGAUGUCAAAAUUCACUCCUUGAAGAUGUAUGCAUGUAUGAAUGUGUGUGUAUGGCCCAGCGUUUACUCAAUAAAAGAGAACUUGAAAAUCAGGUGGUCUUUUGACAAAUGUUGACACCUCCCUGAAUAAUGUUUGAUUUAAUUUCUUUAGAUUGCUAACAAACAGAUCGGACAACAGCUUAGGGAACAUUUGUAUUUUUUUAAGGCAUACUUGUAGCCAUAUGAAGGAAAAAUAGGAUACUUCAAAUUUUGGGCUUGAAAGGUUUGAACCAUAGUUCAAAGUCAAGGCAAACAUUAUUUUCACCUCAAGACCUGAAUGUAAGAUUGAUGCACCUGAAAACAAUGAAACAUAUUUUUGAAUUCCUUCUUUUGUGUUUUAAAUGUUUUCUAUGUUUGUGAUUUGUAAAUUGUGUGAUUAUUUCAAAGUUGUACAAAAUUCUAUAUGCAUCUCAGACCGGGUGUGCACAUGAAAAUACAAAUGUAAACACACAUAUAAAUAUAUACAGUGCUGUGAAAAUUUAUUUGCCCCAUGCUGAUUUCUUCUAUUUGUGUGUAUUUUUCACACUAAAUUGUUUUAGGUCUUCAAACAAGAUAUAACAUAAAACAAAGACAACCUGAGUAAACACAAAAUACAGCUUUCAAAUAGGUAUAUUUUUUAUUGAAGCAAAAAAGUUAUCCAACACCUAUAUCACCCAUGUGAAAAACUAACUGCCCCCUUAAACUUAAUAGCUGGUUGUGCCACCUUUAGCAGCUACAACUGCAACCAGUCACUUCCGAUAAUUGGAGAUCAUUCUUUCACAACACUGUGGUGGAAUUCUGGCCCACUCUUCUUUGCAGUACUGCUUUAGUUCAGCCACAUUGGAGGGUUUUUGAGCAUGAACUGCCCGUUUAAGUUCCUGCCACAGCAUCUCAAUCAGGUUCAAGUCAGGACUUUGACUAGACCACUCCAAAACUUUAAUUUAGCUUCUUUUGAGCCAUUCAGAGGUGGACUUUCUCCUAUGCUUUGGAUCAUUGUCUUGCUGCAUAAUCCAGUUGCGCUUGAGCUUCAUCUCACGGACUGAUGAUCAGAUGUUCUCCUUAGCAUUUUGUGGUAGAGAGCUAAAUUCCAGUUUCCCUCAAUUAUUGCAAGUCGCCAUGGCCCUGAAGCAGUAAAGCAUCCCCACACCAUCACACUACCACAACCAUACUUGAUUGUAUAUAUGAUGUUCUUUUUUUGGAAUUCUGUGUUUGAUUUACGCCAGAUGUAACGGGACACCUGCCGUCUAAACAGUUCCGCUUUUGACUCAUCAGUCCACAGAACAUUCUCCCAAAAAGUCUGAGAAUCAUCAAGGUGUGUUUUGGCAAAAAUCAGAUGAGCCUUAAUGUUCUUUAGCCGUGGUUUUCGCCUCACUACUCUACCACGUAUGGCAUUUUUGGUCAGUGUCUUUCUGAUAAAGUGACCUUUAAUGAUGCGAGAGAGGCCUGCAGUUCCUUGGAUGUUGUCCUUUGCUUUUUUGUGACUUCCUGGAUGAGUUGUCACUGUGUUCUAGGAGGAAUUUUGGAAGGUUAGCCACUUCUGGGAAGUUUCACUACUGUGCCAAGCUUUCUCCAUUUGGAGUUAAUGGCUCUCACUGUGGUUCUUUGGCGUCCCAGAGCCUUUGAAAUAGCUUUGUAACCCUUCACAGACUGAUGUAUUUCAGUCACCAUUUUCCUCAUCAUUUCUAGAAUUUAUUUCGACCUUGGCUUAAUGUGCUACUGGAUGAGACCUUUUAGCCAAAUUCAUGCUGCUGAAAAAGUUCUAUUUAGGUGUUGAUUUGAUUGAACAGGGCUGACAGUAAUCAGGCCUGGGUGUGUCUAGUCCGGCUGAACCCCAUUAUGAAUGCAGUUUCGUAGAUUUGGGGAUUUAGUAAGGGGCAAAUACUUUUUCACACAGGCCCAGUUGGUAUUGGAUCAUUUUUUUGCUUCAAUAAAUAACAUUAUCAUUUAAAAACUGUAUUUUGGGUUUACUCAGAUUGCCUUUGUUUUAUGUUAGAUUUUUGAAACAAUUUAGUAUGAAAUAUACACAAAAACAGAAGAAAUCGGCAAAUAUUUUUUCACAGUACUGUAUGUAAAAUAUACCUUUCUAGAUAUUGUAUUAUGGACAAAUAAAACACUUCUUGUGCACAUCAAUGUUAUGGUCUAACAUGCCUCCACCCUCACCAUGCUUUUAAACCCUGAUGUGCAAUCAAUCCCUUGGCAGAAAGGGCAGAAUUCUCCCACAAGUGCCAUUUUGUAUUGCACCCUUCAACCACUAGCGCACUCUACCUGACUGACCAUGGUCUGCAUAUCUCAUGAGGCAGAAGCAAACACUAUCUCUUCUAUCUAUAGCGGUUUACCGCAGCUCACAGUAUGAGACAUGAUCCAUGAACACCCACAUUCAGCCUGACACAGUUAAAUGUGUUCUUAAAGUGCUGUUGCUUCUUGAAAAGGGCUCUGGAUCACCUGCAUGCCUCCCUUCAAUCCCACUACAAGGUAAAGGGAUUUGAUGGAUUAGUAGUUUAGAAUUUAGAAUCAUGAAUUUGGUACGUUUGGUACAAACUGAAAGAACCCUCCAGGAAUUCAAGUCAGGGUCACUUAGAUUAAAUCUCAGAUUCUGGGUAAAUAUGAGAAUGAGAAACUUUAUUCUACUGUUUACAGUUUAAACUCAGAGAUGUUGAAUGAAUGUCAGCAAAGGUGUGACACCAGAACAUACACAAGAGCCUCAGGAACAGUACAAGGAAAGGAGAAUGAGAAAGUAUUAGAUACAGAUAAACUGCUUAGCUGAAUGCAUGCCCGCCUCUCUCACCUUCUUAAAACAUUUCUUCAUCUUAAUGUGAGCCAUGCAACACUAGUAGCAACCUGGAGUAAAAAGGGAAAACGUGGGCAUAUUUUUGUAAAUGAAAAGUUUUAAAUAUUAUUUAUUUGCUAUUUGUUGUUCUUAACAGGAAAAUGGGUGAGCCAGAAACUGACUGAAUUUUUGUUCCUGUUUUGUUUUGUUUUUCCCCUUUGCAACCUGUCUAUUGUCUUCCCCCUGCCUCUGUUCACUCUUCUAACUGUUUUCUCAGUGGUUUUGUAUCUAUAUUUGUAUUAAUUGUUUAGACUGUUGCAGAAACUCUGUGAUAUCGGAAUUAAACAAAAAUGAAUAAAAAAAUUAAAAAAACA